UAUGAAGCCUGGCGCGACAUUUGUUUUGUUGACAUUAUUAACCAAAUUUUGGACGAUAGGCCGGCUAGCUAGCGGAUGACGCAAAGUGCUGCUAGAUUUAUUAUAGCCUGAGGCUCAGGUAAUACGUCUGGAAACAUUCAAGAUUACAAUUGAGCCAUGAUGGCUUCAGAUGAACGGCCUGUUUCCAUGGUGAUGACAUGCGAUGAUGCGGUGGAGAUGAUGUUCAUGGAUGGAUCAAGGGUUCAGCUCUCCCCGUGUGGGUCCUGCUUCAUUUACGAUCCACCUCCAAGCCAAGCAGUCUCACACCCGUAUCACGAACCAGCACCGGGACCGAGCCAUCCUCUCUAUACUUCUACCAGGACCCAACAGAGGACAUGCUUCGUCACCAGCAGGUGCAGGUCAAAGGUCAAGGAAGCUCUUGAGUUUAGGAACAGGUUUGCUUCGUGUCCUUUCCUCUGUGCCGCAACUACUCAGGGAGAGAUUCCAUUGGAACUGUAUGCUGACAUUACCCUAAUGGAAUGGUCCAACUCUACUGAUAAGUGUACCUUCAACCAGCUCCCCGACCAUUCUCUUGAGCUAACAUCGGUUGACAGCCUUGCAACGAUGGUCCUGUCUCCCAGCGCACAGGACUUCUCGGUCAAAUACCUCUGUAAGCUCAGACCAGAGGGUGAUACGACAACGAACAUCAAGAGAGGGACUGGUCAUCAAGAGAUGCAACAGUUGGAAUUCAGUGAGGACAACCAGGAAAGCCCUGAUAUUAGGUGCCUCCAAAGGACUAGCAUGGGUGACAUGGCACACUGCCAAGACUAUAGGGGUGGAGGACACACCAGUCAGGGUGGACAACCUUUAGCGCCAUACUUUCAAAGUCUUGAUACUGACCCUGUGAGGAAGUCCCAAAGGGUAUCCCCAGAGGAGAGAGUCCCUAUGGAAAGGAGGAGGACGAGGUGCAAGUUCUGGUACACGUGGGUUGUUCAGAACCACUCUGUUGCCCACUGUCCGUGGUAUUGGAGGUACCCUCUAGAUCUGUUGAUGAAUCGCAAGGCAGAUCUCAGGAAAUCAUUGGAUGAGGAUGAAAGUACUCCUUCUCAUUUAGGAUAUGAUGUAACUACAGAUCCUGGCAAUAGGCACGAUGUACCAGAGAAGUUUCUGACCCAUUCCAGUCCAGUUCCGCCCUCCUUACCUCUCCGCUGUGAUCAAAGUCACCUUCACAAGCAUCACUGGAGAUCAGUCAAGCCGGAGCGCCCUCUUGACCAUAGUGGUGAGGCUGAUUCUCUUACCAUGUAUGGGAGAAAGGUCUCUGUUCUUGUCUUAGGAGGAGUGGUUUACAGAUUAUUCUGGAAUCCUAUUCCAUCGAUGGAGAUCUAUCCUGGAAACGGAGACGUGAUCGUGUCUCAUGACGAGAGAGGAUCUUUCUUCAGACUGAUCAAGGUUUGUAGUGACGGCGCCCUCAAGGACCUGAUGAUGUCAGUGUCCAACCCUUCUCCUGACACUCCACAUUCGUCAUACAGCAUCGCUGAUCUUGUGAGAAGGGGUUCCAGACUCCUGCACUGUAUGUUAGUGCACCUGAGGACAUGUGGAGAUGGAGAAGAUCUUUUCUGCUGGAAGAAACUUGAGAAAGGCGAUAUGUCAGGCGACGCAUCAGGGGUCCUUGUUGAAAGGAGCAUCAUACCGGGCCUAGGCCAGCUGGAAGCUUAUAACGAUGGUCUCAUCCGGGGAUAUUUCAAUGAUGCAGUUACCAUGGAAACAAUGUGCGUGAGUCAGGUUCGGUUGAAUGCUGGACCAGUGGACUUGGAG